AUGCCGUUUUUCAAAGAUCUGCGACGCCGUUCGCGGGCCAGCUUCCGGACCAACAAGUCCAGCGAGACUGCCUCACACAAUGGUGAGAUGACCUCGGGCAAGUCGUCUUCCACCUUGGAGUCGUCCUCUCGCAGCUCCAUCACCCCGCCUUCAUCCAUCCGCCCAAACUUGUCCUCGCCCAAUCUGCCGUCUUUGAACACGUUUAAUAUCAACGGCGGCAGCCCCAAUGGCAACGGCAGUAACGGCCCGCCCGUCCUCGUCACACCACGACCGGGCCUGUCGCCCAUCUCUCCCUCCCAGCGAAGCAGUACAUAUGGCGGAAGCAGCAACCUGUCUGUGAACGCUACAAUCCGCUCGCCCACCCCCACCUCCCCCUAUGCACCGAGGAUCAUUUCCGUUUCGGAGAAUUCAUGGGUUCAUCAAAAAGUUUUACUUGUUUAUGGUCAAAUCGGAGACCCCAGACAGCAUCCGCUGGACGGAACUGUCACCGUUUUCCACCACCAAGAUAAUUUUCCCUCCGUCAGCUGGCCUGUCACCGCCUCGCACUUCAAGACCCUCGUGCACCUGGUUCCGGGUCCCAACCGGCUGCGAUUCGACUUUUCCUCUCCCAAGCUUUCAUCGGGAAGCAAUCAUCCCGCCAUCCAUUCCACCUGGAUCUGCGUCAAUUAUCUGCCGUUGGUCAACUCGCCGCCGUUACAAUUGGUCAUCCUCCUCGGCCGGGACUCGGACGGCACCUUUGAUGCCCCCCCGGAACGCAUCCAGCGGGAAGGCAGUGGGCUGGACACCGCCAUCCGCAAGUACCGUAUGGCAGCAUAUCUGUGGCAGGCGUUCACGGGGGAGCAGAUGUUCCGCAACAAUCUGGGACGACGAUGCUUCCGCUUCGAGGAAGAAUGGCAGACGGGGACCUUGAACCGUCGCGAUGCGGUCAACGGACAGAUGCGCAACGAGGCCAAGAUCCAUAUUGUUCGCAGCGACAAGACCGUCGCCGAGCUGCGGGAUCUGAACAUCGCUCAGCAGUACGGGCCCGCCACGGAAAAGGGCGAGCUCUUCAAUAUCGCCAAGGACGCUGUGCGGAAGCACUUCAAUCCGCAGCCGGGCCAGAAGCAGUACGUCUCGGUGCUGUUGCUUGAUGCCCACUGGGACCCGGCCGUGCAGACCAUCACCGGUCACGCCGCGCUCGGUUCCGGCGGCGACGACAUCAAGAUGGCCAUCUUUGGCUCUCACUGUCUACAGAGCUAUCCGUCCAGUCUGGAAGAGGUCGUCGAUGCGUUCUCCGACUGCACCCGCACCGACCCCGAGUUCCUCGCCAACGACUGCGGGGAGGCCGGCUCGAACUGGGAGUCGGCUACCCUCGGCAUUGGCGCGCACCUGCACGAGGUCGGCCAUCUUUUCGGGUGCCCUCACCAGGAAUCCGGCGUGAUGCUGCGAGACUAUGUUCGACUCAACCGGACCUUCACCACGCGCGAGUCCUUUGCCACUCGCACCAAGACCCAAGGUCUCAAGAUCUGCCUGCCACAAGAUGAGUGUGGCUGGCACCGUCUGGAUGCGUUGCGAUUCCGUUUCCACCCCUGUUUCCGGCUACCCAACGAUGCCCCCGUUAGCUCAGACGAUAGCGUUCAGGUAUGGCCUGUCGAGAACGGGAAGAUCCUGUUUACCGCCUCGUCCGGACUGGCUUUUGUCGAGUUGUCCACCGACGGGGAUGACGUGUGUCACAACUUCAUCGAAUACCUCAACAGUGAGUCGAGCGGCAACGGACUGCCCAAGCAGAUCACCGUCACCGAAAGCGAACUACGUCAGCGGCUGUUUGGCACCGAAAAGGAGAAGAAGAAGCUCGUCAAACUUUCUGUCUUCUCGGGCGCCCUGGGCAGCUACACGGUCAACGAUGUCAGCACUCUAAAAUCCAAGCUGUCCCUAGUCAAACUGCCUGGCAGUCAGUCUGGCUUCAGGGGAGGAAAAUUGGGCUUCUCGCAACUUGAGGACAGCCAACCGGAACAGCUCCUCCUCGAGUGUGCUUUCAUCCAGACCAAACUUUUAACGUCCAUCAAAGUCUAUCAUGGCUUUGCGUUGGACGGGAUCGAGUUUUGCUACGAGGAUGCCACUAGUCAACUCUUUGGCAAGCGUGGGGGGAAGCCGGGCGGCGAUGAGUUUGUAUUUGAUACCCGACGUGGCGAAAUUCUCUUAGGCUUCUAUGUCCGAGCUGGUCUCUGGAUUGAUGGGAUCGAAAUUCUCACGAGCCUGGGAAGAAAAUCCGGUGUAUAUGGAAACGCCACCGGCGGUUCAGGGCACACAUUGAUCCCGCCGCUUGGGUACAAAAUCGCCGGCAUUUCUGGUUCCUGCGGUGCCUGGGUAGAUGGAUUCUCGCUGAUCAUCAUGCACUAA